AGUUGUGUUCGGGAAAUCUUCACAGACCGAUAUCCAUUCCAUCAAGCGUGAUUUUUUAUCAUCACUUUCCGUGACCACCAUUUACUUGUUAAAUAAAAAAAAGGAAAAGUUUCUUCUUUUUCUCGCUCGUUUAUUUUUUCUCGUGAGUUUUCCUCCCCCCUCCGUGUCGGUGCCACAUUUUCACGUCGCUGUGUAGCUGCUUUUUGUGCUUUUUCCCCAAAAGAAAAUUCUCGUGAUUUUUCCUGGCUCUGCUGGAGUGUGUUUGUGGAAAGGAAGCUGCGUGUGAAAAUCCACCGAGUAGCAGCAGGGAUUUUCCAUAAAAGUGCGUGCCGAGACAGAGAAUAAAAAUGGUGGAAAAGUGCUGACUGAGAGGAAGAAUAAAAAAAAAGAACUUCUGCAUGUAGCGAAGAAAGAGAAUUUUGCUUACACACCAAAGUGAUCCAGAGGAUUUUUUUUGGGUGUAUCUGACGGAAUAUCGUAAAACUGGAGGAGAGAUAAAAGAAGAGGAAGGACCACGAAGAGUGAGGAAGGAAAAAAAGUGAAAGAGUGCGAGUGAAGGAAAAUUCUCAAUUCAGUGUGUGUGAGUGAAGAGAGGGAAAAGAAAAGUGUGACGCCGUUUGCAAAAUAAUGGCAAUGGGAUGCGAAAAAUGCUCAAGGUGGCGCCCUUGGGGCCGUAGAGUGGUAGCAGCAAUGGGGGCCCCAAGGUGGUGAGGUGGACAACUAAAUGGUGGUCUGCUGAGGAGCGCGCGCGCGGGAAGGAAGAAGGAAAACAUUGUGGGGAAUGGUGUAAAAGUGGGUGAUUCUGUCACGAGAGUGCUGAAGAAUGGGCUGUGGACAGAGCAAAAUUCAUCUCUACCCCAGGAAAUCCAAGAGUAAGACGAAUGGCAAGAAAAGCGGGCACGUCGAUACGGACGCAGAUGCUGAUGAGGACGAAGGACACGUCGGCGACCGCGACAAAGAAAUCAAUAAGGAGCGUAUCGACGAUGAGGGGACGUUGUCCGAUGGGAAGGGGUCGCCGGAGCCAAAUGGGGAGAUUAAUGUACCUAUCUUGAGGCCAAAAAAUGUCUCUCUGCUGCAGAGUCAAGACAUCUCAUCGAGUCAGCAGAAUUUUUUCCGAAUGCUCGACCAGAAGAUUGAAGAUGGUCCAGACUAUGAUUCAUCGAGUGAGACUGAAAUGGCACUAGAACAGGCACGAUUAACGAGUCUGUUCCAUCAUUGGGAGUCCGCAAGCCUCUCGGCAUCAAUAUGUUCAUCAACGAGCCCCCUGCAGAACACCCCUGUGCGGCAGCCAAUGCGACAAGCAGCGCACCAGCUACGUCCUCAACAGCCCUUGAGUGUGGAAAUGUUGUCUCAGCAGCAAUUAAAGCAGCCGAACAUGAGUCCCAAACGUGACGCCCGGACGCCGCUGUCGCAGACGAUAAUCCAUCAGGGAUAUGGGGUGACGCAGCACCAGACCAACUCGCGAAUAUCGCCAAGGGUUGCGCAGGGCCAGGGUAUACUCAUGGGGAGCCUGCCACUCUCAUAUUAUCCACAACAGCAGCCCGCGGUGACGACUCAAGCGUACUACGGCGACAUGGUUCAUCAUCCUCUUCAGGGAUCUCCUCUGUUGCAGCAAGUGCAAUCGUCACCGGAGCCACGCUUCCCCCCAGCUAUAAGUGUCCAGAGGCUUGCGCCGCAGGUACAGCGGCAAUUGCGUGAGACGCAGGAGCUCAUAAAGGAUUCCUGUCCGCAAAUGUACGCUGCGGGAUAUGGGAGCCCGGGGCCCCCCAUGCGGGCAACCGCGCAGAGCCAGAGAGUCCGCCGUACACCCACCUUGGAGACGCAGUACUCGCAAGAAUUGUCGUGAUAUAGAAACAUUAUUGAAUUAAGUGCAUAGGAGGAGUAUAGCCUGGAGGAUUCUCAAUGUCGCCAAUUCCCAUCCAAGCAGCACACUACCAAGAAAUCAUCCCAGAGGUGAAGGAAGACACCAACACACACACACCUGUAGCAUGUAAGUGAUCGCACGUGAGUGAUGAUGAUGAUGAAAAUACUGCGAUGCUGUGUUCAAGGGGACUCUUCUCCUUUUGCCAGGAGGUGACUUCUUGCAUCCUCUGCAGAUGUUGGUGGAGCAAAAGAAGCCACCUCGAUGCAAGAGAGAGCCACGAGAGAGAGUCCCCGCGCAUAAAUGCCAUUUGAGAGGAUGAUGUUGAUUCAAGUUUAGCAGGGUGACAAUGGGUGGACAAUGGCCUUGUGACUCCCACCCUGUGUUUGUGACCAGAGAGCACGAUCUCUGACACUUCUCAAUAGACUAUUUUUCCGUUUUUUUCUUUCACCUCCAUGUGCCACAAGAGCUGAAUGCCUCAUUUGUUCUUCUUCCCGAUGGCAAAUUCAAUUACCCAACAUUUGCGAGACUUUUAAUUGAAUCACACACCCUGUUUUCCCUCCCCCACACACCUCCUCACCCCCUCUGAGGGGUUGAUCAACCGAGAGAAAAUCAAUACCCGCAAUAUUCUCGAGAGUGCAGUAUGGGAGCUGUUUUGCAAUAUUAUUUUGAAAUGAAUUUAGCGUUGUAUGAUUUAAUUUAAGCUCGCACCGAAAGCUCUUGAAUUUUCUUCUCACAUACCUUGAAAUGAAAAGGGAAAAGAGCUAGACGAUGUUGCAUUGGAAAUUCUAAUGGAUGAAAAUUCAUUUUCACGGCGGAAAUAGACUCUUCUCCUGUGUCAAAGAGAACUCAUUUCUCCGAAAGGAGCCCCAACCGAAGGUGCUCCCUUUGCAGCCCUUUCACGGAGAGAAUGCAAUGAGAUAGGAGAUUUAAUUAUAUUUAAAUUUUCUUUGGUAUGCAACAUAAAAAUUCAUCCAGGUACGAAGAAUUGUCAAGAUGAGGCUGAUUUGCAUGCUAGAGGAGUUCCAGAAAGGCUGCUUUUGGUGAAAAGUUAAUGGGGUUGUUUGUCUUUUGAGAAAAAAUAUAAGCAAGGAAAGGGCUUCAAAGAAACUUUAUUUAUACAAAAUUUGAUUUAGUUAAAAUAACAUUCGUUGUAGGAGUUCAAGAAGUUUACUGAAAAGAACGAAAUUAAAGGAACUUCUAACGGUUUCUUUUAACUUUGUUAUAUUCUGGAAUUCAAAUUGAUUUAAAAGCAACAGAUUUGCCUGAAUUCAAACGAAAAUUCAAGAAGCUAAGAAGCUUCAAUUUAAGCUUUUUGUGUUCAAUCAAAGCCUUAAAUAUUCAAUUAAAGGUUUCAUUCAAUCAUUUAAUUAAAAUUUAAAUUUUUCAAAAAGAAGCUAUAGAGGUACCAAAGGGAUUUUUUUCUUCGAAGUAAUACUGGAUUUUUAUUCACUUAAUAUCUAUUAGGAAGCUUUCUCUGUAUAUAUUUUUUAAAGGAGUCUAUGUAUUUGACAGAAGAAUCGUAACUAAGGGAGUUAUCACACCUAAAAGCUCCAAGCACUUGAUGCUUAAGAUUUUACAUGUGCAAGAACGAGAAAAAAACAGCAUUGGUGUCUCUCUCAUACUCACAUUGAGGUUAUGAUGCUCAAACAUUUGGAGCUUAAGUGUGAUAGCCCCGUAAUGCUUUAAUUCUCUGCUCCAAAUAAUGAGAAAAAUAAUUUCUGUAGAAGAUUUGAAGCAUUCAAGCAAGAACAAAUAACGUUCUUAAACAAUACAGUUGAGAAAAAAUACAGAAAAAGUGCUCGUUAAAUUUUAGAAACACCCAGUGAAGCAUAUGCUUCAUGUUAGAAUUAGCCAAACAUUUAAAUUUAUUUUAGAAAUAAAAAUCAAACAACUAAAUAAUUCUUAUUUUGCUUUGCUCCAGUUUAAUAAUUUUCUGCAAUAUAUCUCAUGGCUGUAAAACAUGAUUCAAAGUUAACGCAACAGUGAAGAGGCUCCUUUUGAUUUUCCUUGUAAAUCUCCGUUGAUAUUUGAAAAUUUUGGCAGCUAGAAAUUCAAGAACGAAUAUCAACUUCAAUAUUUUUUUUUCAAUUAUUUAUCCUUCAAUUUUAGCUCUUAAUUGAAACUAAUUCAAAUUAGAAAUUUCUUCUAGACCUUCUUGAUUUUCUUUUUAUUCUUAAAUCUUUUCCAUUAAUUCUAACCCACUAAAUUGAAUGAGUCACAAAGGCCUCCACCUUGUUGCAAAGGAAAGCUUUCAAAUUAUUAUACCAAAAAGAAAAUAAAAAUAAAUAAAUGAAAAGUAAACUGAUAUGGCAGGACUAGCGAAUUAUAUACAAUUCAUUAUGAAGUAAAGAAAAUAAAAUUUAAAAAAAAAUUCUCAAAUUUGUAAAUAUAGAAAGUACAUAGGUGAGAAAAUAAGAAAAGAAAAGAAAGAAUUAUAAAGAAGAAAUAAUAUUAUUAGAAAUCUCAUUUCUUCUCUCUCAAGAGUCAAUGUCCGUUUUCUUUUCAAAUUAAAAAAAAUUCUUUAAAAAAACAUUUGUAUGAAAGUGCGGCGUUAGUUGAUAAAAGAUAAUGAAACUCUUUUUCUAAUUUUUUGAGCAAUAUACGCGGAGUUUAGUGAAGCGAGUCUUUGCCCAUAAAUGGUGUGAAAAAAGUAUAAAUAAAAAAAAUGAAUGAAUUAAUUAAUUUGCAAUCCGUAAUACGAAUAAGUUUCUGUUUUUUCGUAUCACAUUCGUGAAGGUGAUUGAAUUUGUAUCUUCAAUGAAAAAAUCAACAGUGAAACAGUUAACCUAAACCUAAUAGGAAAGAGGCCGGAGGGGAAAAAUUUUUGUGAGAAAAUUCGCAAAGAUCCUCACAGAGUGAUGGAAAAUCAUUCAGUUUAAAUUGUUUUACCGUUCUUUGGAAUUUUUUUAAAUAUAGCAUGGAGGCUCCAAGAAAUGCGUGAAAUUUAAUUUAAAAAAAAAUAGAAUAAUAGAAUUCUAUUAAAAACAGAAAAAAUCUAGUCUUGAGUAAAAAUUUAUUUCUCAAAGAAAGAAAUAUUAAGUUCAAAGGAAAAUUCUCACAGAUUCUUUGGUUUAUUUUCUUGGGCUUUUUCUUUGAGGAUCUUGUCUUACAUUGAAGGAAAAAAAUUAAAGAAAAAUAAGGAAAAGAUAAAGCACCGUCCGUUGUAAAAAAAUACCCUCGACUUUUGCGUUCAAUCUAAUAAGUAAAGAAAAGAAGUAAAAAAAAAUAAAUAGAAAAUGAAGUGUGGGAGUAUAUAAAAAUGAAAAUAUUGAUGAAAAAAUUAAUGAAAAAAAUGAUAAAGUUACAAAAAAUUGCAAUAUUAUAAAAUAAUAUUAAUAAAGUAAAAUAAAUAUUCCAAUUAAAUUAUAAAACUAUAUAAUAAAUGUAUAAAAAAAUUAUAUAAUUUUUAUUAAGAUGAUAAAAAAAAACAGAUGAAAAACUAUUUAAAGUUAAAUUAUAAAAUAAUAAAAAAGAAGAAAAACUGAAGGAUAAAUUAUGAAAUUGAAAGAAGAAAAAAAAACAAAUCUAUGAUAGAUGAUAAAUCAAAAAAGAUAAAAUAAAAAAAAUCAUUUCUUGCGAUUAACUUUAAGCGGCAAAUCAUGAGAAAGUGAAGAAAGUAAAUUAAACCAAACAUUGCCCAAUUUUAUUUUGGGGGAAUUGAAAAUGAUUUAUUUCUUUUCUAAAAAUUUUUAAAGAAAAAAAUCCAAAAAAUGGUUCAAUAAUUAAAAAUAAAAGAAAGAAUAGAUUCAAAGAAAAACAUGUGAGGCUUUUAUGGAAAAAAAAUGGGUCAGAUUCUGUUUAAAAUCUCAAGUAAAAUUAUUUAUUUUGUGAGAAGAAAAAUAGUUAGGUCUGAAGAUCUUAAAAAAUAGUACUUUCAGCAGAUUUCAUAGCCGAGAUUCUUUCUGUGCUAAAGAAGAUAAUUUUUAAUAUUUUUGCCCUUGUAACACAGAAUCUUUCCCAAUGUUUUUUUAAAUUAAUUAAUGAACCAUUCUUUAGGCACAAAAUAAAAAAAAAAUAUUUUUAGUAAUUUAUCAUUUAAAAAUCUUUUUUUGUAAAAAGAAAUCUCGUUAUUUUUUAAUCAAAAUUUUUCAUUUUCUUUACAAAAUUAAAUGAAUCAAUUUUAAUUCUAAAAAUUCAUUCAUUUCCUUUAAAAAUUAAAGAAAAACUCAUAAACCAAAGAGUGGCCAAAGUAAUGAAAAAAAUUGCUUAAAAAGAAAUCUAUUGAAUGACAAAACCACGGAUAAAAGACUUGAAGAGAAUUAGGAAGAAAAAAAGCUCUAUCACUAUUAAUCUUUCUUAUUAGUUAAGGAGCUUUUUAAGACAGUUUUAAGGAGCAAAUGAAAAAGAAAUUAAUAAAUAAAUUUUAGAAAACAAAAGCAUAAAGUAGUCAAUUAGAAGAGAUAAAAAAAAUGUUUCUUUCGGGUUUUUCUUUUGGAAAGGAGUUAAAGGAAAUUGCAAAGAAAUAAUUCUAAAUUAAUAAAGAAAAACAAAAAAAAAGAAAAAUUCCGUGGAUGGAGAACAAGAAAAGCCACUAAAAUAGCAAGAAUAGAAAAAAAAGCAACACAUUCAUAUCCCAAGAACCAAAAUAAAGAGAGGCAGAAAAAAUGAAGAGAAAAAAAACCAGCAGAUUAGCACUCCUUCGGGGUAAUUUAGCGUGGAUUUAGUCGUGCGUAGGAAUUAGUUUCUUAUUAAAAAAAUAUUAAAAAAAAGAUUUAUGAAAAAACAUAAAAAAUACUGUGAAGAAAAAAUGUCUCGUAGAAUAAUUUUUAUACGUUUUCAGACUUAUAAAAAAAGGGUAAUACUUUUGUACUUUUUCACAAAAAAGGCACCUCUCUCUCUCUCGAUAGGAAAAAAGACUAAUAACUGAAAUCAAAUACAACAAAAAAAAAACAAAGAAAUCCAACCUACCGCGGAAGGAAUUUUUGAAAAAGAAGUUUGACAGAAAAAAACUGAUUCGUGUUUUUUAACUAAAUGAGACUCCAAACCACUCACCAAUAUUUAUUAUUAAUUCUUUUUUAUCUAUAAACUUAAAAUUAAUAAAAAGAAUAAAUCCCUUUUUGUCAAAUGAACCAAAAGAAAAACAAUUUAUUGAAAGUUUUUUUUUAGAUGAAUUUCUUUUUGAGGAAAAAAAAACAAAGAAAAGCUCUCUGGCGCUUUUUUUCACAUGCAAAUGGUAGAGUUUGUAAACAAAGAAGAGGAGGGAAAACGUGAAAAUUUUCGAUAGAUUUUCUAAUUGUUACGUGUAAUAAAAAAAAGGUCAAAAGUUGAAUAAAAUGAAAUUUAAAUCCUUUCAUCGCAAA